AUGGGCAAUCGCGGAUCUAAACCAGAUAGCUACAUAUCUGUAAAAGAGCAACGAGUAGACGGUUUCUCAGUAUUAAAGAAAUACUGUGAGGUGUGCUCUAAGUGCCAGGGAAACCUGGUUUUUAUUGCCUUUUUAAAUUAUGUAAAUACGAUAGUUGAAUCUAUACCUGGAAUCCAGGUUUAUCCAAAAGCCCCAAUAUCUUUGUUUUCUGUCUUUACUUUUGCUGACAAAAAACCCUUGCUGACAGGAGGUCAAGCAAGGUUUUCCGAAUUUAGCCCUGCUUCAACUAAUGGCUUGAAUCCUUAUUAUAUCACUGGUUUUACUGACGGGGAAGGGUGUUUUUUUGUAGGUGUUAGUCCAGACUCUAAAAGUAAGACAGGUUAUAGAGUAAAAGCUAAUUUUCAAAUUGGUUUACAUAUAAAAGAUCUUGCCUUAUUAGAACAAAUUAAAUCGUUCUUUGGGGUAGGUAAAAUAUCUAAAUUGGGUGCGGAAUCUGUUCAAUUUAGAGUAUAUGCACUUGAAGACUUAAAAGUUAUUCUUCACCAUUUCGAUAAAUACCCUUUAUUAACUAAUAAGCAAUCCGAUUAUCUACUUUUUAAACAAGUAGUAAAUUUAAUGGAAGAAGGUAAACAUUUGACUUUAGAAGGUUUAAAUAAAAUUAUGUCAAUUAAAGCUGUGCUAAAUAAUGGGGAAGUAUCUGAUAAUUUGAGGCUAGCUUUCCCUAAUAUAGAACCUAUUUUAAGACCAGAAAUUAAAGAUAGAACUAUAAAAAGUUUACACUGGUUAGCUGGUUUCACCGAUGCUGAAGGAUGUUUCUUUGUAGCAUUAAAAAAAUCCCCUGCAUCUAAGUUAGGUGAAGCCGUAUGAUUGAGAUUUAUUUUGACUCAACACACUAGAGAUGAAGAUUUUCUAAAAAGUUUAAUUUCUACUUUAAAUUGUGGGAGAUAUAUACCUAAAUCUGGCUAUGGUGAAUUUAUAGUUGAAAAAUUCAGCGAGGUUAGUAAUAAAGUGAUUCCCAUUUUUGAAGAAUUUAAAUUACACGGGAUAAAAUCUAAGAAUUUUGAGGAUUUCCAAAAAGUGGCUUUGCUUAUGAAAAACAAAGUACACUUAACUAGAGAGGGGCUAGAUGAAAUAAAGAAGAUAAAAGGGGGAAUGAAUAAAAGUAGAUUAAACUAA